AUGGACGCUACUUUGCUCGCGAUUGUGGCCAGCCGGAAACCGGCCUUCAAGGUCUUCCUGGACGACCAAGGCAUCCAGACGUGCAGCGACUUGAAGUACUCCUGGGAGUCUGGCAAGCAGCUCCUGGCCACCUAUGAGGCAACUAUCGGAAAGUUGCCGUCGGAUGAGGCCUUCCAAUUGCUGCUCAUUUACACUUUGGCGGCUUCGCAGGCCCAUGUGGCUACAGGAGCUCAGAUUAGGGCGAUUGUGGAUGAACGGGAAUCUGUGAUCCCGGGUCGUCCAGCCAUGCGAUUGGAGGAAGCUCCUCAGGUGCAGGCGCCAGUCAGAGCUCGAUCUGUGAUCACCCCUGGCCUGACUGAGCAUAUGCCAAACCUUAUCGAGGCGGCUUCAUCAGACCCGCACACAGCAGAACAAGCUCGUCGGGAGAUGAAAACCCAAGCGUUGUUCCAAUUUGCGGUGGAGCACCUCGUCGACUUGCAGGAGUUGGGGCUGUCUUGGAAGGCCUUGAACGACCCUGCGAGAAUGCAGGCGCUCAGGGAGUCCCUCAUGGCUUGUACUCUUAGGCUGAGUGUGGAGAGACUGGGUGCUCUCACCUCAGCCAUCCGCAGAUGGGUCCGCUUUGCGGAGGAGCAGGAUUACUCCGUGAGGACGCCCACGCCCCUUCAGCUGUCGGAGUUCCUGCGGAAGGUCGGCAACGGUGGGCCCACAGCCUCAUCGAGUAUGUUCCAAGCCCUGAAGUGGUUUGAGCAGAAUAUGGGGACGAAGUUCCACACGGAGCACUAUCUGAUCCGGCCUCACCGUUUUCAUCAUCCAACUCACUCAGGGGUCCAAAAGGCCGAACUUGAGCCAUGGGAGUUUAUCAACCUGCUCCUCAUCGCGGCCAACUCCAGAGGCACCAAGCAAUUACUGGUAGCUUUCCUCCUCCAGUCCGCAGUGUCUUGCGUGCGGUUUGAACAUUUCCAACGUUCGACCCUGACUGGAGGGAAUGAGGACUGGUUACAGUUCUGCUGCUCCCAAGGGAAGUCCAGGAAGAAAGGGGCGCGGCCAAAAUAUGAUUGGGCUAUGCCUGAGGUCCUCUACAAGGGUUUCUCCCUGGUCGCCAUCAUGCGGGACUUCCUCAAACAUGAAGCCCUUCCCACGGCUACCUACAUGUGGCCGGCCCUGGUGCUUAGUGCCGAGGAUCUAUGGCAGGUGUCAGACACGACACCGUUCAGCAUCGCAAAGCCUAUGUCCAGGGCCCGAUACCUCGAGUUGUUGAGGGGAAUUCUCAUCGAAGUGGGCCUUCCCCGCGAAAGUGCGAUGGGCGCUGGCUACAACAGGCUGCGGAGAUUCCUUCCAACGCUGGGUAGCUGCCUCCAGUUCCAGCCGGACUCCCUUCAGGCCAUUGGGAACUGGCAGGAAACCCCUGCUUCGGGGGGCCCCGCACCCACUUGGAAACCUCAGCGGGCAACCAUGCCGAUGGGGCUACACUAUGCUGGCCAAAAGGUCGCUCGCUCUGCGCAGAUCAAGCAGCAUGCACUGGACUGCUUCAUGCGGCUCUGGCGACAGAAGCAGCCCGAGCUCUCACUUAACCACGAGGGUCUCCUGGCCCCUGAUAGCUGGUCCUGGCAGGAGGUCUGCGCCACCGCUGCCAAGGGCCAGUUCCAGAAGGUUGAGGAGCUCCCCAGCAAUCCGGGGCUGGCUGCCGGAGCCAUCGAAGUUGAGCCUGGGGCGCUGGCAGACAUCGAGAAGGCGGAGGACGCACCGGCCCUGCCAGUCGAUGAGGAGAGCGACAUCAGCGACUUUGAUGGCUUUUCUGGGUCCACAUCACCCUCAGCCUCUGACGUCUCGGCAGACGGCGAAGACUUGGUGGGCAUCAUCCCGCCGGACGAUGUCACUGAGAAGAUGCCCUGGUUUCAGCAGGGGGCCAAAGUCCAUGUGCUGAGGGGCGAUGACCUACAGGGGCGCAAGUUGCCGUGGUGUCGCGACGCGGCCUUCUUUCAGGACCCCCAGAAGGUUGGUGAGGGGCUGGACAACAUGGACCGCACUCAGAUCUGCCAGCGAUGCCUCGGGCGCAUGCCCAGGGGCCUGUACGCGGCGCUGUCCGAGCAAUGUGCCACUCUGGCCGCGGGCCUACCAGUUUUUGUGCCCAAGCCCCCCUCGCCUGUCUGCAGACGGCGGUGGUUAGCCAUGGCUACUGCAGCCAGGAUCGAUGUGUUGCAAGAGGACCGUGGCCUCGCCACAUGCCUGGCUGCAGCCAACCUCUUGCCGGAGUGGACUGAGCCUUUCCUCCGCCAUCAUGGGAUUGAGACGCUGGAGGACUACGUCUUCCUUAUCCCGAAGGAGGGGGCCGAGCAUGGCAUCAAAGACCUGGUGGAAGCUAUCCCUGCGCUGAAGAACAAGCCCAUUGUCCUGGCAAGGUUUCGAGCUGCAUAUGAAGCAGGCAUGCAGGCUGUGAAACAGGCCAGCCAGUUGCCUGCCAAAGGUACCAACGAGCUUGACGAGCUCUUGCCGGAGUCCACUAUGGCCACCUUGUCCAAGGACUUCCGCAACCGCUACAACACUGAGGUUGAUGCCGCGCUGGAACCCAGCGACACUUUGAGGUCGCGUGUAUACAGGGAAUUCAAGAAGCAGACCAUGACGGUGAUUGAAGCCAGGAGGAUCAAGUCAGUCCUUGAACAGGCUGGCCCCCGCCUCCAGGAAAGUGUGGCACUUCCUGGGGGCAUCAAGUUGGAGUUCGACAAGGACUCCCCGGUGGACAUCACCUCUGCUGUCCAGUACUACUGGUCCCUGCGUACGUUGGCUUAUGCAUGGGCCUGGGCAGGGAAUUUCCGUGCCAAGGACCCGGAUGGCGAAGAACGCCUCUUCAUCUCGAUCUCCGAGGCGACGCACUACGCAGAUGAGGCCCUGCGCUCCUGCAUGGAGUUUGGUGGCGGCUCAUUGCUUUGGUUGAACCGGAACGAUUUGUUGACCAGGGGCAAGAUGGCGAGUGGUAUCCGCCGAGGAUGGACGGCGGGGAAAGCCCUGAAGGAUGCUCUCCAGCAGACCCACCUGGAGUGGAGGGCCCCUUCGAUGCAGCUGACCCCGGACACCAACAAGCUCAAACGGCCUGCAGAGCCCACGGUGCCUCCAGCUGAGCCCAAGCGGCCCCGCCAGGUGAAAGCUGACAAGUUUCAGACAAUUAGCAUGGUGAAGGGCGGUCGGCGCCUUUGUAAGAAGUACAACGACGGGCGCCCCCACAUUAUGGGGGCCCCACCAGAUGCCGUAGACUCACAGCCAGUGGCUGCUCACUCUGUGCAGGAGCAGCCACGUCCCGUGGCCAUGCAGCGCCAGCAGCCGGCAGUGGUGGGCGACUCUCAGGGACAUCGCCAGGUCCAUCUCCAAGAGGGAGAUUCAUCCCCAGUCUCGAAAAGGCUCUAUGCUGCGAAGCCUGUGAGCUGGCGGGGCAAAGGGGAUCUUUUGCAGUGCCCCUGGGUUAUUGUUCCUAAGGGGCCAUUUUUGGUAAUAGAUUUGUGGAGUGGCAUGGGGGGGCUGCCCAUUGCUCUGUUGUGCAUGGGGACCACCUUUUAUGCCCUGGCUGCUGAGUGUGAUGCCGAUGCCAGGCAGGCAUGCGCCAGCUUGAUGCCGAACAUCGUGCAUGUCGAGGACGUGGCCAAGGUGCGGGCCAGUGAUUUCGUGGAGUUCUUGGAGCGGCGUAAGCCGCGGGCUAUUAUCAUAGGAGGAGGUUCUCCGUGUCAAGGGAACUCCAGCCUAAACACCCGCCGGAAGGGCAUGGGAGACCCCCGCUCUCACCAGCCCUUCGAGCUGUGCCGCAUUCGAGACGAGUUCCAAUCAUUGCCCUGUGCCCAGGACAUCCCCAUCAUCACCUUCCUCGAGAACGUUGGGAGCAUGCCGAGAGAGGUUCAGGAGCAGUAUACCCACUGGUUGGGACACCCCCCUGUUCGCAUUGAGGCCAUUAGUUGCGGUUGGGUGUAUCGUAACAGGUGUUUCUGGCUGGGGUGUGGGGAUGUUGGUGUGUCACCCUCCCUCACACCACCAGCCGACUGGACGUGGGCACCCUCGACUGCUCAGGAGGCGCCCGUGCUGAAGUUCAACGGCAAGAAACCGAUACCACCCCGAGUUAGCUGGGAGGCGGGGUAUGCGCCGCUGUUCAACCCCCUGGAAGUUUUGCAGGGAGAGUCCUCCUUGGGAUUUCACCCUUUUACCAGGGAAUUUUUCCACCCUCCUGACCGUGUCAACCAAGCAUCGCCUGAAGCCGCAGCCCGUUUCUUUGAAGAUAGCUGCCGUUUCCCACCGAACACCUACCCAUGGCUUGACUUACGGGUAGGGACAGACGAUCUGCCUGAUGCAUACCGGGGAUUGCCUGUGGCGCCCGAGCAGAUGCAGUUCAGCUACGUGGCCAUUUUUGUUCCUGCUGCAGGCUGGCGCUUCACACCUAUGUUUGGGUUAGCCUACGGACUCGAGAGUGCAGUCGUGAACUUUAACCACUUCCCCCAAUUUGGUGUGGCCAUGGCGCGACGUUGUUGCCUCUCUUUCUGUGCAGCUUAUUUUGAUGAUGAGCUCUCCGUGGAAUUCCUGCAGUUUUCCGAUACAUCCCAAUUGGGGCUGCGUUUAGCAUUCACGGCUAUGGGAGCGGCUCCCCAGCCUGGUAAGGCCUUCAAGCCAGCUACUAAUCGUUACUACCUUGGUACCUCGAUUCAUGUUGGCGACUUCCUGACUGAGGGCACCAUCCGCUUCCAGCCCAAGACAGCUACGACAGCAAAGGUAGCCCGACCUGUGCUAACGGCAUUGCAAGCAGCUGAUCAACCUGCCCUCGAUCCCACAGCUUGCCAAUCUUUGCGCAUCCUGCUGCAAAUUGUGCAACAAGCCUCCCCUCACGACAUCUGUGUUUGCGGCCCGCCUAAGCCACUCCUACGUGUUUACUCAGAUGCAUCUUUUGAGGAUGGUGAGUUGCGGCUAGGCUGGGUGUGCAUGCCGCCGGGCCAGCGACCUCUGGGAGGUACCUGCGUCAUCCCGGCCCUGGUACUUGACUCCUGGACUCCUCGCAGACAGCAGAUCUUUCCAGGAGAGGCCCUGGCCGGACUCUUAGUCCCAUGGUUCCACCCUGACGUGUUCUACCACUGCGACGCUCUGUGGUUCAUCGAUAAUGAGGCG